ACGCACAGAAGCCCAAGAUUUGAAAAUCGGAUAAAAAUUUAAAUUAAAAAAUUUUGAAAAAAUAGUGACAUAAUAAUAGUUUUUUAGUCAAAAUCUCUCUCUGUUGCUUCUCCAACAACAAUGUUUCAACCCAACCACCAUCACCACCACCAGGAUUCUUCAAUAGUGAUACAAGUGGAUGAGAAAGAAACUAGUAUUGUUCCUAGGGACGAAGUGCAAAAUGGUGGAUUUAUUCAGGCACAAUCCAUUAUCUACAGUUCUAAGAAACUUCAAGAUAAUUUGCACAUGAUAGGACUUAAAAUCAAGCAGCAUGAGGAUAAUGUGAAAUUACUGAAAAGCCAGAGAAACAAAUUAGAAGAUGCCAUUCUUGAUUUGCAAGUUAUUCUUGGUAAGUAUCAUGCCACAACUCCGCCUAAUACUGAAAAUGCUCACAACUCCAAUCAGAGCGAGGAGGAUAUAACAGAACAGGUUCUACGGCACGAGAAGUCUGCUGCAGGCAUUCUGUGCCAGCUGAGAAUGCGUCAUGGCACUCAUGCUUCUAAUCUUUCAUGCACCAAGGGUGUGCUUGGUAUUGUUGCUACUCUUGGCAGAGUAGAAGAUGAUAAUCUUAGCAGGCUUUUUGCAGAGUACUUGGGAAUAGAGUCUAUGCUAGCAAUUGUUUGCAGGACUUAUGAAGACAUUAGAGCUCUCGAAACCUAUGACACAGAAGGCCACAUAAAUAAUGGCUCUGGUCUUCAUGGCCUAGGUGCCUCUAUUGGGAGGGUUCUUGAUGGUCGAUUUCUUGUAAUUUGUCUUGAAGAUUUAAGACCUUACUGUGGCGAAUUUUUGGCUGAUGACCCACAAAGGAGGCUUGAUCUUCUAAAGCCAAAAUUGUCCAAUGGGGAGUGCCCACCUGGAUUUAUUGGCUUUGCUGUAAAUAUGAUCGAUUUGGAUUGUACAAACUUGUUGUAUGUCACAUCCAGUGGAUAUGGUCUCAGAGAGACUCUAUUCUAUAACCUCUUCUCUCGUCUGCAAGUUUAUAAAAGAAGGGAGGACAUGUUACUAGCUCUUCCUUGCAUAAGUGAUGGAGCCAUUUCAAUGGAUGGAGGAAUAAUUAAGGCUACUGGUUUUUUUUCCCUGGGAAAUCCGAAUAAUGUGGAUGUACAAUUCCCUAAACCUUCAUUGAAUCCACCUGACAACCACCUUGAAACUGAGAAGCAGCUCAAGGAGAUGACAUGGAAAAAGGACAAAAUUACAGAGGAUAUUAAGCGAGAACAAGCACUGUGGAAUUCUGCAAAAUACAAUUUUGAGAGGAAGAAGGAAGAGUUUGUUAAGUUCCUGGCUGAAAGCUCAGCAUAUGCAACCCAGCUUCAGAUACAGGCAGGACCAAGAUGAUAAUUAGGUGGAAGAAAUUCUACCCGUAAAGAGAAUAGGAACUUGAAUGACUUGCCGACACCAUCAACGUAUAUUAGAGCUUUUCUCUUAACUGUUUUCCUACCUAUCUGGGUAUGUAUCAGCGUGCAUUUCUCAGUUACCAAGAGCGAGUUCAUUCUGUUAGGUCAAGUAUCCUGAAGCAGAAGUGGUCUGUAUGCUUGUGGGGAAAAGUUCUGGUACCUAGUUGUCCAUUGAGGACAAAUUUUUGUACUAAGGAAAAAUAAAAGUGCAGUCAGUGCAUCAAUUUAGUUCAGUCACUCUCUUCUCUCUCUAUAUAUCAGUGCUUUCUGUUUGUUUUCCAUGUUCAACCAAAUUCUAUGCACAUGACAUGUCUUCUGGUUCUUUUGCACAUGAGAGGCUGACUUUAACUUUGUAACCUUCUGAAGGUAACAGUUUCAUAAGUUAGAUGGUGUAACAUUUCAUAAAUUAACGGGUAUGUAUGUUUUCCACUAUCAUUGAAUACUUGAAUUUGGAUACUUAAUAUUAGUCCAAAUAAAUUUGUAAGA